GCCACACCUGCGCGAACCGGGGAAAGUCCGUGCGUCGCGGAGACAGCAGCCGAGAGACGCCGAGAGAGGAGCGAGCAGGCACGGAUACAGCACCUACGGGAGCAUCGGACCGAAAGCUCUGGAAAUACCACUCGAGUUUAGAGAAUAGACGGGUGCAUCGGCAUGUAGAAGGCGAGCCGGCAAAACCCACAAACUAGAAAGGGAACUGAAAUACGAUUAAAGACAAAGCGAGGUGCAAAAUGUUGAAAAAAUGUUGAAGAGGAGACACCGGAUCCGCGCUGCAGCUUGGACAGAUUUCCAAUGGGCACCAGCUUGUGGACAGUGACUCACUCUUGCUCCCUGUGUUUCCUGAUGCCCUGCCUUGCUUUACCAUUGUAACCGUGGACAGAGAGACACCUCCUGUGGAUAAAGACCUAUUCAGCCUCCACAUCUCUAUACUCCCAGAUGACCAGUGCCCCCCUGUCCCAUCACGGCCCUGUUUGGUCAGCCUGUAGCCCCUGCAGAGUUUGGCAUGGGUGGUCAUCCUUUAGACAGAUGGAGCCCGCCCUGACCCCGCUCCUCGCCUGGGGGAAUGCCAGCAGAUUGGACGGCUGAACGGAGGAGAUGGGAGGGGGUUGUGCCGAUGGUGUCAAGGAAGACAAUGUAAAGAGGUGACUGCUGCUUUUCUACAAACGGCUCCGGACAAGCGCCUCUUUGAUUGGAUAUUGAUGCUGUAACAAGGAGCUCAACACAAGCCAGUGGAUUUACCAACAAAGAGAAUUAUACCGACUCGCCUACUUUGCUCCAACUCGACUGUGUGUGCCGCCCAAAGUAGAGACAAAUUAAAGUAUCGCAAACAAGACAACUGCUUUAAAGGCGCUGUGAAUUUAAAAAUGUGACAAGCAGAUCGAGCUCAUUUUAAACAGUUUGCAGUGGCCCAAAGUUAUUUCUCACUUAUUUUGUGCAUUCCAAACAUCAUAAUUAUUCACCACGAUGAGUUUUUAAGCACUUUUCACCAUUUUCAGAGGAAAGAGCAGAGUUUAAAUCUUCAGUUCGCGGAUUUAUUAGCUAUAGACUGAGGUUGCUGCAGUGGUGGCGGCUUCACACAACACGCUGGACCCCAAAGCAAGAUGCCAGAACUGGACAACUUUCCCCCCUUGAGGGACCCCCACCGAGGCCCCGAGUUGGGUCUAAACGGACCAGCCGACCCUGCCCAAAUCCAACACAGCAUCCUGGAGGAGCAGGUGGAGCUAUGGUGGUUCCGAGAUCCAGGGAGGUCUAUGCUUUGCUACACUGUGUCUAUACUACUGAUUCUGGGCUGUGGGUUGGGUGGGGUGGGUCUCUUGUCCACUACCACCAGCGUGUCCAGCGAAUGGCGGUUAGGGGCUGGUACUGCGCUCUGCCUGCUAGCCUUGGGAGUACUUCUUAAACAGCUACUGAGCUCCGCCGUACAAGACAUGAACUGUGUAAGGAGCAGACAGCGGAUCGACAUGUUAAAAAGCGGGGGGUUGUCUGACCUCCUGGUGGUCCUGAUCACCGGUGUAUCCUUGCUCAUAUGCGGAGGGGUCUUGCUUCGGCUGGCUCUCGCUAAUGACAUGCCCAAACCGGGACAGGCCCUGAAUGACAUGUACAUCUCCGGGGUGGUUCUGUUGGCUGGAGGGGGAGCAGCGGUGGUGGGGGUGGGCAUAUACUCUGUGGUGGUGAUGCUGGUGGAGCGGACGAGGCACGGGAGGCGCUUUGUGGACAGAGUUUUUCACGUUUUCACUGUUUCUGGACACAUCGACCGUCAAGGGCGAAGGGAGACGACGUCAAGUUUGGCAAACCUUAUCUGAUACGUGUACUGUACACAAGAGCUGGUUAAACUUGCUAUGAGAAUUACAUCUAAACAUAACCGGGAUGUCAGGAAGUCAGAUUUAACCUUUUGCAUUUUUAACAAAGACAUACUGUGUAACUUUUCUACUUGAGGUCCCGCCACCUGUUUGUCUUCACAGAGAUGCCACUGCUUUGCCUAGAGCAGACAUGUCAAACUCAGGCCCCGGGGACUAAAUUUUGGUCGCAAUAGAAUUAUAUUUGGCCGGCGAGAUCAUAUCAAAUCAAGUAUCAAGUAUUAGACCUGGCCCACUGGCUACAGAUAGAAUAUACACUAUAGAGACAUUAUUCAUUUAAAAUGUUGUUAUUAUUUUUUAUAUGAUGCUUGUUCUGGAUUCAAUGUUUAAGCAAAACUAUUAUUAAACAUUUAUUUUAAUAAGAAAAGGAUUAACAUUACAUAUCUCUAAAGAAGUGAAAACAUGCAGAUGUUGAUAUUUUUCAAUAAAUAUUUAGUUUGAACCACAGCUUAGUCCCAGUUUUUAAUUUUGGCCUCUGUGAAUUUGAGGUUGACACCCCUGGCCUAGAGUGUCCCACAAUAUGGCUUUAAACUUGUAUAUCUCCAUCUGGACACAAGCAAAUGAUGUCCCUUGGUCAAGUUACAGGUCAGCUCUUUGGAGAGGCAAGCCUGUUUCCAGUUUUGCAGGGUAUAUUUUAAAAUUUAAAAGCCCAUGAUUUAAUAUAGUUGAAUACAUGCCAUAAUUGACCUUGACCUUGAUCUCCAUGGAGACAAGCAGGCAGUGAACUCUAGACUACUCUAGACUCUACUCGAAAAAUUACACAGUGCACGUUUAAUGAAGAAUGUCCCCGUGAAAUUCAUAUCAUGUCUUAAAAUAAAAUCAUGAAUUGUAACAGUGUUUUAAAUGGAUUCCUGGAAGAUAAGCUUAAAAUAAAUAAACUACCAAGAAAAUUAGAGAGGCAGUAGGGGUUUGAGCUCAAUUAUAUACAGUUGGAGAGUGGUUUCUUUUCAAAAAAAUACCUAUUGCUCAUGCUUUUGUGUGGAAGAUGGAACAGGAAAUGCCCCACGUGGUCUAGGAACCGAACCUCAAAGCAUCUUGCUGUGAGGCAGAACUACCACCAUGCCUUCACAUUUUAUUUUACAAUUAGACAAAGAGCUCCUUAUCUAAUACACUAGUCAUAUUUUUUUAUCAGUUAGAUUGAAAUAUCCUAGUAAAAUUCCUUGCAAUUAUUCUGUGAAACAUGUAACCGCAAUUAAGUUUAAAUUCCAUUGCUCCUGACAUCCCUAAAACAUCAUUAGAACAAACAGUGUCCAAACACUGACAGAAAUUGGAUAAAAACAUGAUCCAUCUUCACAUGAGCCAGUGCUGUCUGCCUGAUCAGUGCUGGUGUGACAAAUGCCAAAAGAGUGGAUUUUUUUAAUGUCCUCCUAAUGAAAAUGUAGCAAUAAACUGUCAGAGAAAACGCUAACAAAUGGAACCAGGAUUACAACACUGUCACUAAAAGAAAUUAUGAUGUACUUUUAAAUAUUUAAUCAAAGAAACAGAGAUAAAAGCACAUAUGUUUUCGUUGAGCGAUGAAGCAUUCACUGUGGCUGGACUUUCUUGAAUGGGAGCUGUAGACGCUAAGAUAACAUUUUGUUCUUCUUUAGGAUGGUCUCACAUUCGCAGUAAUGUACCGUUCUCUCAAAGUGUCCUUGGCCACGCACUGACCACUACCUGCGCUGAUUGUAAACUCUCAAUAAAAUGGUUCUGAAGCACA